AUGAAGUAUUCAGGCUAUCCAGUGAUUGGAAACCAUAGCGACCUGAUGUCAUCAGGAAGUUGUCUGGAUAGCAAAGAAGAUGGUUUAGCCACGGCUUGUCCCUGGGACUCUCGUGUACAUGGCCAAUUUUUCCAUCAGACCACGUUCACCAUACCCAUUGAGAACGUUGAAGAGUUUAUCAGCGACAUCAAAACUGGUGUAUUAAUCCGGUAUGUUCAACCAUCAUUUGCAUACUUGGUCAUCGAAUUUGAGGGUAUGGAAUUCGAGUUUACAUACUACAGAAGCAGAGACCCGUUGAUGCCCCGUAUGUAUGAAGAUUAUCUCGAGGAGAUUGAGCAGAUGGGUAUGUUCAAGUACGGGGGCCUACCACAUUGGGGUAAGAACAGAAAUGUUGCAUUUAUCAACGCCACUGAGAAGUACAAGGAUGCAUCUCAGUUCUUGAAGAUGAAGCAGAUGUUCGACCCACUACAACUAUUCUCGAGUAAAUGGACGGACGCAGUAUUGGGUCUAGGAGGCGACCUUACAAGAGAUACAGAAGGUUGUGCACUGGAGGGGUUGUGCAUCUGUUCCAAAGAUGUCCAUUGUUCCCCUACGAGAGGUUACUUCUGUCGACCUGGGAAGAUCUAUAAGGCAGCACGGGUCUGUGCCCACAUAUGA